GCCAGGUGAGCGGUUGCUGGUCGUCGGGGCGCGGGCCGCGGCGCUCCAAGGCCCAGCAUGCGCGGGGGGUCCCGCGGCCACCAUGUACGUGGGCUAUGUCCUGGACAAGGACUCACCCGUGUAUCCCGGCCCCGCCAGGCCCGCCAGUCUCGGCCUGGGCCCACAAGCCUAUGGCCCCCCGGCCCCGGCCCCUGCGCCCCCGCAGUACCCCGACUUCGCCGGCUACACACACGUGGAGCCGGGCCCCGCGCCCCCUGCAACCUGGGGUGCGCCCUUCCCCGCGCCCAAAGACGAGUGGGCCGCCUACGGCCCUGGGCCCGCGGCCCCAGCCGCCAGCCCAGCCCCGCUGGCAUUCGGGCCGCCUCCGGACUUUAGCCCGGUGUCCGCGCCCCCAGGGCCGGGCCCCGGCCUUCUGGCGCAGCCCCUCGGCGGCCCGGGCGCCCCGUCCUCGCCAGGAGCGCAGAGGCGAACGCCCUACGAGUGGAUGCGGCGCAGCGUGGCGGCCGGAGGCGGCGGUGGCAGCGGUAAGACUCGGACCAAGGACAAAUACCGUGUGGUCUACACAGAUCACCAGCGCUUGGAGCUGGAGAAGGAGUUCCACUAUAGCCGCUAUAUCACCAUCAGGCGGAAAUCAGAGCUGGCCGCCAACCUGGGGCUCACUGAACGACAGGUAAAGAUCUGGUUCCAGAACCGUCGAGCCAAGGAGCGCAAAGUGAACAAAAAGAAGCAACAGCAGCAACAGCAGCCACCCCCGCAGCUACCACCGGCACUGGACACCCUGGAUGGCACCCCCACCUCAGCCGGGCCGCCCCUGGGGGGCCUGGGCCCCAGUACUGCUGGCCUGCUGGGUGCUUCCUCCCCAAUGCCUGUCAAGGAGGAGUUUCUGCCCUAG